AAUCACUUGUAAGGUCGGGGAUUUCUUUUUGGGCUGUUGAGAUCUAUAGUUAUCCCAUUUUUGAGGGUCUGACUUUCGUAAGACACUGGCGGGCCCAGUGUGAGGUUUUUUUCUGAAGCUUUUUGGGGUUGGGGCUUUUCAGCUGUUUUUGGGGUACGGAUUGGUUCUCUUGUGUGUGUGCUUUGACAGGGCUGCUUCUUUCCUCCCUUUUUUUUUCAAGUCAAAUAUCUGUGCUUCCUUCUUCAAUCCCUUUACUACCAUCUCCAAAAAAUGCCCUACUCGACAACUGGAUUGAUUCAUCACGCGAGCAGCACUUCUCCCGCGGACCUAUUGGCCAACGCUCGAGAGUUUAUAAAAGAUAAGCUAUACUUUACUUGGCUCUCUCAGCAUCCCGCACAAUACCCGUCCGUUCAUUUCUUCACAAUCGAUCAUGUACUUGUUUACAUCAACUUUUACUCGGACUUUGGACCAUCAAAUUUGGCUCAUGUCGUAAGGUUCUGUGACUUGAUUGUUGAAAAGAUGAAGAAUCCGAGAACUGCCGACAAGAAGCUGGUGCUCUAUUCCUCCCAUGAUAGUGAUAAGAGGGCGAAUGCAGCCUUCUUGAUCUGUGCAUACAUGUUAAUCGUCCAUCGCCAAACCCCUGAAGAAGCCUUUCGUCCUCUUCUCGGCAUCCAACCGCCCUUUCUGCCGUACCGUGACGCUGGGUACGGUGCGGCGACAUAUCAUAUCACAAUCCCCGACUGUCUCCGUGGUCUUCACAAGGGCCUCACCCUUGGUCUCCUAGAUUUGGAUUCGGUAGAUGUAGAGGAAUAUGAGUUUUACGAAAAAGUGGAGAAUGGUGAUUUUAAUUGGAUUACCAACAAGUUUAUCGCACUUGCUUCGCCCAAGGAUGAUCCAGCUCCACGUACGUCCAGUGGAUUCCAGCAACAUCAUGCAGCACUUCGGACUGGAACUGGGUGGGCUAGCGGGUUUGCGGGGCUGUUGGCGAGGAAUAAUGCAGUUGCUCCGCAGCGAGCAGCAAAACCCAGUAAAUUCCAUCCAGCCUAUCGAAUCGAUGAUUUGAUAAAAUACUUGAAAGAGCGGGGAGUGACGACAAUUAUUCGGUUGAAUAAUCGGACGUAUGAUCGUACCAAGUUUGUGCAGGCAGGGAUCGAGCAUGUUGAGCUGUAUUUUCCGGAUGGGACAACACCGCCAGAUGGUGUUUUGAUGAGAUUUUUGGAGAUUUGCGAGAAUCGACCUGGAUCGAUAGCAGUACAUUGCAAAGCCGGUCUUGGGCGAACAGGGACUCUCAUUGCAGCGUAUUUGAUGAAGCACUACAAAUUCACGGCGUCGGAAGUGAUCUCGUUCCUGAGGAUUGUGAGACCAGGGAGUGUUGUUGGGCCGCAGCAGAAUUACUUACAGAGCAUGCAAGCCAAACUCUGGAAGCUCCAUCCAUCCGGAACACUUCCUCCACAAAUCUCCCUCCUCAAACCCCCGACAUAUCCUUCCCUCCGACGGUGGCCAAAGCCAUCGAUCGAGCCUCCAUCUAAUACAGUUACAGAUCAAGUGGAGGACGACGUUCAAGAGGAACUCGAAACAGAGGCUGUAAGACUGGAUGAAGAACGAGGAGAGAUUGAAAAGGCCUUAAGAGAAGCUGGCAGGAUGCGUGGAACAGCAGGCGAGAAGUUGGAGGAAAUGGCCAUUCCAUUGCAGCCGAGAAAGCAUAUUGGAAGGGAAGAUGAGAAGGACAGGGAGAAGGAAGUGCGAUCUCAAGUUCAAGCAGCGAGGGAAUUGGCAUUAAAGCAAACAGAGAACCAACGACGUACUUCUCCAACGCACGUCUCCCAAACAAAACCUCUGUACAAUUACACAACCACUACCACCACUCCAAUAUCCGCAGUAACCGCAUCGUCGCGCACUCACACACCUCGCUCCAUACCAGAAAAGGAACGUGAAAAGGACUCUCGAUCCGCAAAAUCCCCGCCAGUAAAGGAUUUUGUUGUCGUAGGAAGGAGCCAGACGCCCGUAAGAGGGGUUAGAAAUAAUGGAUGGGAGAAGGAGGGUGGGAGGUAGUGCUUGUGUGUAUUUUAUCGGUGUGAGAAUUCUUGUUGUAGGUGCUAUUUAAUAGGCGAGCAUGGGGGACUUUCACACUCUUGUUUUACGC